CUUUCCCUCACUCGCUCUUCCCACUGCCCAAAGCUGCCCGCCCACUGUCACUGCCUGCGUCCUGGCACACAAGUCUUAGUAGUCUCGUCUGAAUUGAGAUUCCCAUCUUGCCCUUUCUACCACAACACAUCUUGCAAUCACCACCACUAUCCCCUGCGCUACCUUCCAAUCUCACGAGUCCUUACGUCGACGACUCUCGCUCGCAUCUUCAUUCCUUUUCGACGGUGUUUUCUUAGUGUAAAGCAGCCCCGAAAUCCUCAUCAAAAUGGGUGUAGAGGAGUCAGUUUACCUCGCAAAGCUUGCUGAGCAAGCCGAGCGCUAUGAAGAAAUGGUCGAGAACAUGAAGGUUGUGGCUUCUGCAGACCAAGAGCUCUCUGUUGAAGAGCGAAACCUCCUCUCCGUUGCCUACAAGAACGUCAUCGGUGCUCGACGUGCCUCCUGGAGAAUCGUCACAUCCAUUGAACAAAAGGAGGAGUCCAAAGGCAAUGAGGCGCAGGUCAAGCUCAUCAAAGAAUACCGUCAAACAAUCGAGAAGGAGCUCGGCAAGAUCUGCGAAGAUAUCCUCGACGUUCUCGACAAGCACUUGAUCCCCUCUGCUCAAACUGGCGAGUCCAAGGUCUUCUAUCACAAGAUGAAGGGUGAUUAUCACCGUUACCUUGCCGAAUUCGCCACUUCCGAGAAGCGAAAGGAGUCCGCCGACAAGUCUCUUGAAGCAUACAAGGCCGCCACUGAGGUCGCUCAGACCGACCUUGCUCCUACUCAUCCAAUCCGACUUGGCCUUGCCCUCAACUUCUCUGUCUUCUACUACGAGAUCCUCAACUCUCCCGACCAGGCUUGCCACCUUGCCAAGCAGGCUUUCGACGAUGCGAUUGCUGAGCUCGACACUCUGAGCGAGGAAAGCUACAAGGAUUCCACAUUGAUCAUGCAACUGUUGCGGGAUAACCUGACUCUCUGGACUUCUUCUGAAGCUGAACCACAAGAGCAAGCUGGUCAGUCAAGUGAGGCACCAAAGGAGGCUGAGGGUGCUGCUGCACCAGAGGCGGAGAAGACUGAUGCUUGAAUGUAAAAGCGUCAUGGUGAUGUCCCGAUUUGGGACGCAAACUGGACGAAGUGGUCUCUGCGACAAUUGGGAGACAAUGCGCAAGGCUCUGGCAUUCGGACCAAUCUUUCCUUCCCACAUAUCCCCCACUGAUAUUCACCCCCAGACCAUAGCUCAAUAACAGAUGAUAAAGCAGACAUCUGUGUGCGGUGCGAACCCGAUUAGGUCAGCUACUACUUUUAGACAAAAAGACAGGAGAAAUAGCAAUAUCAGCAAUCGGAUUAUCGUUCUGCAGCUA